AUGCCCGGACUGGACCGCGGCCCCCGGACCGGCAUGGGGCUGCCGGCCAUCCUGUGGGUGGCGGUGGUGGCCUCGCUGCUGGGGGCGUUUGAGUACGGGUAUGCCAUGGGGGUGCUGAACGAGGUGCUGGACACGAUGGCGACGGAGCUGAACUUCAACAAGGAGGUCGGCGGCGCGGUGGUGGUGUCGAUCAUGCUCCUCGGCGCCGCGGCGGGCGCCCUGAACGCCGGAGUGUUCGCGGACCACGUCGGACCGAAAAGGGCGCAGGUUGUGAAUGUUUUAUUCUUUGUGAUUGGAGGUGCCCUAAGCGCUGUCUCCACGAAGAGACAAUUUUGCUGGACAGGAAUGGGCCGUCUGAAUGGUUGUGUGCCGAAAUUGCUUCUGGUUGGGAGGAUCAUCACUGGAUUUGGUGCCGGUUGUGCUUCUCUCUACACCCCUCGAUACCUGGCAGAGAUCGCCCCUGUCAACCUCAGGGGAUCCAUGGGUGGUUGGUAUCAGGUCCUCGUCAAUGUGGGCAUCCUGGGGGGCUACCUUGUGGCCCUGCCUUACGGAUUCAAUUUUGAAGAUUUCACAAUAAACGGUGUUACGAUUGCCUGGUGGCGUGUCAUGCUGGCCCUGUCCAUCGUGCCAGCCAUUGUGCAGCUCGGCAUGCUGACAUUCUGCCCAGAGAGCCCCGUCUGGCUGGAGUGGAAGGGCAAGGAGGCCCAAGCCUCGGCGGUGAAGGUCGCCCUGUGGGGCGAGCUGGGCAACCAGAUCGUCAACCCCAUGUCCGAGCCCCUGCUUGGCCCGAGCACGUCGACGCCUCGGCGCCUGUCGCGUCACCACGGCCACCACGGCCACCAUGGCCACCACCGCACACGCUCCAGCCUCUCCCCCCACACACACCACUCGCGCCGCCACAGCUUCGGCCACCCACCUGCCAUGGUGCGAUCGCCGUCGAUGUCACGUUCCGGGUCCUACGGGAGCCUGGUGGACUCGUACAGCAACUUGCUGGGCUCGUUUGGGUCCUAUGGGAACUUGAACUGUUCGUCGUCGCAUGGCAGCUUGGCGGGUUAUCCAGCAGGGCCAUCGCAGGGGAUUGUGAGUGGCAACCCAGUGAACAACGCGCUUACACUGGACAUGACGUCUUUCCACCUCAACACUGACUACCACAGCGACCCCGUCCUGGAGUCGAUGUACAUCAAGGAGCGCGAGGCUGGGAAGGAGGGUGCUGCGGAAGGGUGGAGUGCCCUGGUGAUGAGGAAGUACCGAUGGAUGGUGAUCCUGGCGAUUGGCAUCCCGGUUCUGCAGCAGCUCUCAGGCAUCAACACAGUUGUGAUGUACUCGAAAACGAUGUUCAUGCAGGCUGGUGUCAGUAACCCCCUUGCAGGAACGAUAUACACAGGUAUCGUGAACCUGGUGGUGACGGUCUUGUCCACCCCAUUCGUGGACCACCUUGGCCGCCGGCCUCUGCUCCUGAUGAGCCAUGCCGGCAUGGGCCUGUGCCUUGUGGGCCUGGCAACGAGCACCCUGGGAACCGAGGCCUGGCUCGGAACAGUGUCCCUGUUCUGCAUCCUGGCCUACAUGAUGUUCUUCGCGGGCGGCGCUGGGCCCGUGCCAUGGAUCUACCUUUCGGAGAUCCUGCCCGAGAGCAUCAAGGGUCGCCUCGCUGCCCUGGCCACGGCACUCACCUGGGUGGUCAACCUGUUCGUCGUGUUCACCUUCCCCCUCAUGCUGAACACCAUCGGCGUCGCGGCCAGCUACAUGGUGUACGCGGCGCUCAACGUGGGCGGCGUGGCCUUCAUAUACUUCCUGCUCAUCGAGACCAAGUGCCAGACGAUGGACGAGAUCGUGCGCAAGCUGGUCUUGCCAGACUGA